GCGCGAACCCAAACCGCGAGACACUAGCUAGCGAGCGAACGCGAACUGCGAAGACGUUGUGCCCGUCGUCGCGAAGUGAAAAGUGAAAGUCGCAAAGCCGGAAAGCGGACUCGGAUAAUCGGAUCUAGGCGCCACAGCUAAUCCACUCACGCAAACAAUAUGGCACCCCUUCGAUGGGCGAUCGUAAGCGCGGGCACGAUAUCGCACGAUUUUGCUUGCGCCGUCUCGACACUGCCGGAAGCGGACCAUCGGAUUGUGGCCGUCAGUGCCCGUGGAUUGGAGAACGCUCGCAAGUUUGCCGAACUGCACGGUAUACCGCGCUUCUACGAGGAUUACGCAGCGAUCGCGAAGGAUGCGGAGGUCGAUGUGGUGUUUAUCGGUACGGUAAGCAGUGCGCAUUACGAGGUCAGCCGGAUGAUGUUGGAAGCCGGCAAGCACGUCCUUUGUGAGAAGCCUUUGUGCGUGAAUCGCGGUCAAGUGCGGGCCCUGCUAGACUUUGCCCGCACCCAGCAGCGGUUCUGCAUGGAGGCGAUCUGGUCACGGUUUUUCCCGAGCUACGCCCAUCUGCGCGAGCGCACCGUCCGCGGCGACCUGGGCCGCGUGCAGCACGUGGAGGUGCAGUUCGGGUUUCCCGUGACCCACGUCGAGCGCGUCCGCAUGAAAAGUCUCGGCGGUGGGGCAGUUCUCGAUCUUGGUGUGAACGCGAUUCAGGUAGCGAUGUGGGCCUUCCAGGCGGAGCCGCUACGAGUCGAGGCGGCCGGCCAGCUGAACGACGAAGGCAUCGAUGUGGGCAUCACAGCCACGCUGCACUUCCCGAACGGUGGUACCGCCCGGUUAAGGACGAGCGCGAUCGACAGGCUCCCGAACAAGGCCGUCGUGACGGGCACGAAAGGAUCGAUCACGCUCCACGAUUUCUGGUGCCCGAUCGAGCUGACCGAUAUCGACGGUACGAUCCGAUCGUAUCCACUGCCACCGUCGAAGGUGGAGUGUAUCCUGGCGAACAGCGUCGGUCUGCGGUACGAAGCGGAGGAAACGCGUAAACGCAUCCUGGCCGGUGAAUUCGAGUCGCCCACCAUGUCGCACCAGGACAGUCUAGCGCUUGCCGGGGUGCAGGAUGCGAUCCGGAAGCAGAUCGGUGCCGAAAUGCCGGAAGACUACAUCUUCAAGGAUUGAAAAAGGUGUUGCGGCUGCGGAACGGUCGUUAGUUUUAUGGAUUUUCUCUCUUCGGUUAAAUAUAUGAAGCGAUGCGGA